UAUGCAGGGGAAUUUGAAGGAUACAAGUGAGGCGCAGAAGGCUUGCUUGUGGAAUAAAAAGCUUCAUAGUUUGGAGCUAUGGUUUUCAAGAUUGGAGAAGCAGAGCCAUGUACAAGUCCUGGAGGCGUUACGGCCGCAUCACGAUCUGGAAAAUUUACUGAUUAAAUGGUAUCGUGGCACCACCGCGCCCAGUUGGAUGAUAUCCUUACAGAAUUUGAGAUCCCUUUCUCUUGUUACUUGGCAUGGAUGUGAAUUUUUGCCUCCUCUUGGGAAAUGGCCGUUCCUUGAAGAACUAUUAGUAUCCAGAAUGGGCAAACUGAAGACAGUUGGAGAUGAAUUUUUAGGAAUAACGGGCACUCAAACACCAUCAUCCUUUGUUUUAUUCCCAAAAUUGAAACAACUCACCUUCGAAAUCAUGAGUGAGUGGAAACAGUGGGAAGGAGUUGGAGGGUGGGCAGAAAACGGUGGUGAUGAAAUUACAAUUAUGCCAUGCCUGGUUUCUUUCAGAAUUGUGGAUUGCCCUAAACUGAUGAACCUGCCACUCUUCCUGCAAAAGACACCGGUCAGGAAAAUUGUCAUCAGCGAAUGUCGUCGGGGUAUUAUAAUGCCUGUCAUGCCCGAGAACUGUGACGUCAACAUUUAUGGAGAAAUGGAUGAUCCGGAAAUACCGGAUGUCACUCGGAGCAGAGUUGAAACAGAGAUACAAAGAGAUGAGGAGAUCACCACCAUCACCUGAAACUUCAAAGCUUAAAGUCUGCUGCUGUAAAUAUGUGAUUCAGAGAGGGAGUUGGAUUGUUCUUC